UUUAUUCAUCACGACUCAACAAAUUACCGGUUUCCUUAGCAGGUAGGUUCAAAACCGAAGACAUAAACCCUAAUUCAGGUCUCAUGGCAACACCACCCGCCGCCUGCCCAGAACCUGAUGCACAUUUCGUCUUGUAUGCUAGCAUCGCGUACCUCGGUGUAACUCAUAAUUCACGGCACAGGUCACGCAUGGAAGCUGCUGGUGCCAUGGAUGUCUAGCUGGGAUGUCUGGGUGCAGGGGACAGGGUAAGGGGUUAGGUUGGCGCCCCGUACUGCGCAGCGUAGUCCCAGACCCCAACAUACGAUUUGCGACGUCAAAGGAUGAGCGCGCGGCUGGCGUAAAGCCGGAGCUACUGAGCGACCGAGACACGCUGUCGGGCUGGCAGGCUGGCAUGCUUCACUUCAAGUGACCCUGGCUGCCAUACCAUAACGGAUCCGUCCGUCAUCACCGUGAUCACACGCAAGCUAGCGUGGCAGGAUGUGGUGCGAACACGCGGACGUUGUUAUUGUGUACCGUAGGCGUUGCCAGGUUGUGUAGUGUUGUGUGGAUGGACAUCGACCAUCACGGACGGACACAAAGCCCCACGAAGCGGCUGAACUACACACUACUACACAUGCACGGGCGUGUAAGGCAAGCCAACGUCUGCAUGACCGGAUUUUCGCCUUUAGCAUCGCGACUGCUAGAUAGGCACCUGGUUUGGCUAUGUGCCUGUGGAAACCGACCCCGGCUAUGUCCGGGCGAUGAGGUUGUUCGGCCUCAGACUGUGGAAGGGCUCAGCCCCGUGGCUCAGCCCCUUUUCCCGUGACCGGGAAACACUUGUCGCCUUUAGCAUGUUGCCAUCGUGAACGGGCAGCAGCGGCUACAGACUACUACUGCUCUCUUAUUGACGAGUGUUGCGGAACUAAUGCUCUAUGAGCCAGCCAGCCAGCGCGAUCAUCGGCGAAGUGACCGCGAACCCAUUUUGCGAUUCUUGCCCUGACCCGCCUUGUGGGAUGUGUGGGCCGAGAUUACAGCCAUCACACUAGCACCUAUGCUUCUCACCAUCCUCUGCUCAUGCUUGUACGAGGAGUUCAGCGGACACAACCUAGCAAAGCUAGUGUUGCCGCUGCGUUGCCUCAUGAUAAGCCCGCCUGAGGAGCUUUACUAAUAGAUGCGCGGCCAACAUGAAGUGCGUACCAGUGCGGGGGGGCUGGAAAGCGGCAAGGGACACUUGGCGUCCGGGAAGUCGUUUUCUUUUUUUUU